UGCUAUAUUCCAAAAUUCUAAGUAGCUAAGAAAAAGUGAAAUGGAUUUAUUUGAGAUUGAAAGCAAUAAGAUUCUAUCAAGGAGAUCUUCUGUAGGAUGUUCCUCUCGUAUAUCUUAUUAUAGGACUGGAGAAGGUGUUCCAUUCAAAUGGGAAAUGCAACCAGGGAUAGCAAAAGAAUCAUCACCAAUAGAAGUGCUUCCACCACUCACUCCGCCGCCAAAAUUUCUUAGCUUGGGGCUACCCAAACCAAGCAUUUUGGAAGCUAAAAAACCAGCUUCUACCAUGUCAAAGCUGAGGUUUUGGAAGAAAAGGGCACUCAAAAUUAAAAGCAAGAAGCCACAAGAAGAUAGUUUUCAUGAAGAUUUUGAUGUACUAUCAGGAUUGGAUUGUAGCUCUGAUUCUGAAUCUAUGGCGUCGCCUCGUGGUUCAAGUUUUUCUUCUUCCUCUUCGUCUCUGUCAUUGAUGAAGAGUUCUCGUUCUUCAUUGAACUCGGCAUGGUCAUGCUCGGAGAGUACUACCAAACGAGUAUAUGGAGGUUGUUUCCCAAUGCACAUUAGCAGAGUUCUUGUUUCAAGUACCAGGCGCUGAUUGAAAACAAUAAUAGUAAUAUGUAGUAGUAUCAAUUAUUUAUGCUUAUACAAACACAUUAGAAGAAAUGACAUACAUAACUCAAACCCACUUUCAUUCUUUUUUUGAUAAGAACUCAA